UGACGCUGGCGUUCUCCCUGUUCGAUACCAAUAACACGGGGAUAAUACCCAUGAAGCAGCUGAAGGACAUAAUGCAUGCUGUGGCCCACAAUCCACCUGAGCAUGAGCUGCAGGACUAUUACAAUGAAUACGAUCCCAAUGGCACGGAUGAGCUCUACCUGAGCGACUUUCUGCACAUCAUGUCCGUGCGCUACGAGGGCCAGACGCCGGAGGAUGAGGUUAUACUGGCAUUCAAGGUCUUCGACAGAGAGGGUAACGGCUGGAUACACGAGAACGAGUUCAAGCACAUAAUGAGCGCAUAUGGCGAUGAGAUGGAUGAGGACGACCUGGACCAGAUUGUGUUGGAUGCCAAUUCGAAUACCGAGGGCAACAUUAUUUACAGAGACUUCGUCACUAUGAUGAGUGAACGUUAGAGCUGAGCAAGCGGUGCGAAGCAGUUUUCACUACUUAAAAAUUCGAAAUCAACAUACAAUUCAUAUAGUCAAUAGUCACUCAUACAUUUGGAUACAACGUGCCCUAUUUAAAAACACGAAAUUGCUAGUCCUUACGAGUAGAUCCGACAAUGAAUCCAGAUCUGACUGAGGAGCAAAUUGCCGAAUACAAAGAGGCGUUCGCCCUCUUUGACAAGAGCAACACGGGCAUGAUCAGCGUUCGUGAGCUGGGCAAUCUGAUGCGCUCGCUCGGACAGAAUCCCACCGAUGCCGAGCUGAGGGAUCUGGUCAAUGAGGUGGACACCACUGGCAAUGGCUCGAUUGAGUUCGUUGAGUUCUGCAAUUUGAUGUCGAAGCAGUCGGUGGACAGCGAUGCCGACGAGGAGCUCCGCGAGGCAUUUAAGAUCUUUGACAAGGACGAGGACGGUUUCAUAUCUCCAGCCGAGCUGCGCUUUGUGAUGGUCAAUUUGGGCGAGAAGCUAACCGACGAGGAGAUCGACGACAUGAUACGUGAGGCAGACUUCGAUGGCGAUGGCAAAAUCAACUACGAAGAGUUCGUCUAUAUGAUAACUCAAAAGUAAAAUCUUUCUAGCAAAUCGUUUUUUACUUCAUCUUUUUCUAAAACCAAUUACGAAAAUUUCUUAAAUUAAAAUUACUAUUGCAAAUA